CUCUUCCUCUGACAUAAACUCACAAAGCCUUCUCAAGCUCGGCCUAUGGACUCUUCACCCGACUCUACUACCCCUCCGCCUGUUUCACAGGCUAUUUUACGUCUUUACAAACCUAUUACAAAAUUUUUUAACAUUUCCAUGAGAAUUUCCAAGCUCUCGCCCUACCUGUCAUGUGACACUCGUGGCAGUGGAACUUUGUACAAUACUAGAAAAGGACGAUAUUACCUUCUUCGGCUGUCUGAAAAAGCCGAUCUUCCUCUUACGGAAAUUGACAAAUACCUGAUUUACACCAAUGAUAUUGAAUUAUCAAAAAAUCAUCGUCAUACAUUUCGAUCUACAUCUAACAAACCAAAUUUAAAUUACAUUUUAGGAAUCUAUCUCACAUUUGUCUUUUCUUUAAAUAGACAAUUUCACAAGGAUGCUGUGAACAAAUACUUUAACCGUUUACGCCAUUUAUUAAAAGAAAAACUUCUAGCACUACGAUAUCGAUUAGAAUCGACUGAUAAUAGCGAUAGAAAAACUAAAACAUUUAUCCGGUUCAGCUGCGGCCCCCACGUGAUCUACCUGGGUUUUUAUUUCCCUUGCGGCACGCUACAUUUUGCACCUGGUAAGAAUGUGGGCUCACUAUGUAUCCACCCCCCUGCCUUCGUACAAUCAAAUAAUCGUUGGCGUUGCGGAGCUCAUCUCAAACUGAUCCGACAGGUCUCGCAUACUACUACUCGUCAUCCAGUAGAGCCUAGGUUCUACGCUGAACAGUUUAACCGUACGGUAAACCGACAUCACAAGAAUAAAAAGAACCACAAAGAAAUUCAUUCUAAUCGCCUCGGCAUUAGCUAUGUCGUUCAAUUUAAACGAUUUCGCUCGGCUGAUUUAAAUUUACCUAGCAUUGACAAUAAAACGGUUCAACCAUAUUACAAACAAUACCGCACGUUACGUUUCGAUGCGGUUCGUUCACCUCAACAGCAGGCACGAUGGAAUAGAUUUAUUACGUCUACACUCAGACGUAACCACUCCAACCAGACUAUCCUACCUCACUUACUUCCUAACUCCCCUGGACAAAUGGUUUUUAAAACCAUCCAUCAUCUCCCGGACCGUUACAUAGGACGUACACCUACACAACUUUCUGACGCUUUCAAAAAUUCGCCUAAUGGUCUUAGGCACUAUAAUCAAAUACGCGCAUGUCAAAGGAUCAAGAAUUGGAUCCGUCGCACUAAAAAACGCAACCGUCUCAAGAAACAAUUACCUCCCCUACCUGCUGGUUUUGUUGGAGACCAGCGUACAUAUUAUUACGUUACGUAUAAUAUUAACCUGUUUGAUUAUAAUAUUAGACGACUCUAUAAUGUCAGUUCGAUCCCCCAAUACAAUUACGGUUAUUCCAAAGCGGUUGAGCUAUACCGCCAACAUCAUGCCAAAUUCGUCAUGAUGAAUUUUAUACAAUCACCUCCUAACGUUUCUUACCACAUCAAAAAGAAGGAUCAACAAAUCUUUAAUGAUUCGAACCUCUAUUUCCGGCGUACACCUCCCCCGGACAAUGAUUCGCACACUACCAUGAGCGACAUUACUUACUUCUCGGCUAGUGAAGGACCUUCCGUUGUGGAAUUCCCGCCUACGCCGUCACAUGAUUAACUCACUUGAUUGAGUACAACAACACCGGACCUUUAAAUAAUGCACCAUUCCACACCUGAC